CGGGAGGAUGAUGGCUCGAGUGUACUUCUCGUUGAUUGCUGUUUUGCUGUGUCUGUUUGGGUACUUGAGCAUAACUCAUGCUUUUCAAAAACGAACCGCAGUGAAGACGGGUCAUUGUCCCCUACCAGAGAAUAUUCCACCGUGUGCUGAAAGCUGUAUCCAUGAUGGCCAGUGUCCUGCCACACAAAAAUGUUGCCCAGUCACCGGUGGCUUUGCAUGCAGUGAACCACGUGGUCAGGGAAGAGGUCAGGCAAGUUGUCAUGGCAAGGGAGAAGGUCGUGGUGAAGGCAAGGGAGAAGGUCGUGGUGAAGGCAAGGGAGAAGGUCGUGGUGAAGGCAAGGGAGAAGGUCGUGGUGAAGGCAAGGGAGAAGGUCGUGGUGAAGGCAAGGGAGAAGGUCGUGGUGAAGGCAAGGGAGAAGGUCGUGGAAGCGGCAAGGGAGAAGGUCGUGGUGAAGGCCAGGGAGAAGGUCGUGGUGAAGGCCAGGGAGAAGGUCGUGGUGAAGGCCAGGGAGAAGGUCGUGGUGAAGGCCAGGGAGAAGGUCGUGGUGAAGGCCAGGGAGAAGGUCGUGGUGAAGGCCAGGGAGAAGGUCGUGGAAGCGGCCAGGGAGAAGGUCGUGGUGAAGGCCAGGGAGAAGGUCGUGGUGAAGGCCAGGGAGAAGGUCGUGGUGAAGGCCAGGGAGAAGGUCGUGGUGAAGGCCAGGGAGAAGGUCGUGGAAGCGGCCAGGGAGAAGGUCGUGGUGAAGGCAAGGGAGAAGGUCGUGGUGAAGGCCAGGGAGAAGGUCGUGGUGAAGGCCAGGGAGAAGGUCGUGGAAGCGGCCAGGGAGAAGGUCGGGGAGAAGGCAGGGGAGAAGGUCGUGGAAGCGGUCGGGGAGAAGGUCGUGGAAGCGGUCGGGGAGAAGGUCGUGGAAGCGGCAAUGGAGAAGGUCGUGGAAGCGGCCAGGGAGAAGGUCGUGGAAGCGGCCAGGGAGAAGGUCGUGGAAGCGGCCAGGGAGAAGGUCGUGGUGAAGGCCAGGGAGAAGGUCGUGGUGAAGGCCAGGGAGAAGGUCGUGGUGAAGGCCAGGGAGAAGGUCGUGGUGAAGGCCAGGGAGAAGGUCGUGGAAGCGGCCAGGGAGAAGGUCGGGGAGAAGGCAGGGGAGAAGGUCGUGGAAGCGGUCAGGGAGAAGGUCGGGGAGAAGGUCGUGGAAGCGGCAAUGGAGAAGGUCGGGGAGAAGGUCGUGGAAGCGGCAAGGGAGAAGGUCGGGGUGAAGGCAAGGGAGAAGGUCGUGGCCAGGGACAAGGUCGUGGCCAGGGACAAGGUCGUGGUGAAGGUCGUGGUGAAGGCAGGGGAGAAGGUCGUGGUGAAGGCAGGGGAGAAGGUCGUGGUGAAGGCAGGGGAGAAGGUCGUGGUGAAGGCAGGGGAGAAGGUCGUGGUGAAGGCAGGGGAGAAGGUCGUGGUGAAGGCAGGGGAGAAGGUCGUGGAAGUGGCCAGGGAGAAGGUCGGGGAGACGGUCGUGGUGAAGGUCGUGGAAGUGGCAAUGGAGAAGGUCGUGGUGAAGGCAAGGGAGAAGGUCGUGGUGAAGGCAAGGGAGAAGGUCGUGGUGAAGGCAAGGGAGAAGGUCGGGGAGACGGUCGUGGAAGUGGCCAAGGAGAAGGUCGUGGUGAAGGCAAGGGAGAAGGUCGUGGUGAAGGCAAGGGAGAAGGUCGUGGUGAAGGCAGGGGAGAAGGUCGUGGUGAAGGCAGGGGAGAAGGUCGUGGUGAAGGCAGGGGAGAAGGUCGUGGUGAAGGCAGGGGAGAAGGUCGUGGUGAAGGUCGUGGAAGUGGCCAAGGAGAAGGUCGGGGUGAAGGCAAGGGAGAAGGUCGGGGUGAAGGCAAGGGAGAAGGUCGGGGUGAAGGCAAGGGAGAAGGUCGGGGUGAAGGCAAGGGAGAAGGUCGGGGUGAAGGCAAGGGAGAAGGUUGGGGUGAAGGCAAGGGAGAAGGUCGGGGUGAAGGCAAGGGAGAAGGUCGGGGUGAAGGCAAGGGAGAAGGUCGUGGUGAAGGCAAGGGAGAAGGUCGUGGUGAAGGCAAGGGAGAAGGUCGUGGAAGCGGCCAGGGAGAAGGUCGUGGUGAAGGCAAGGGAGAAGGUCGUGGUGAAGGUCGUGGAAGUGGCCAGGGACAAGGUCGUGGGAUCGGCCAGGGAGAAGGUUGUGGAAGCGGCCAGGGAGAAGGUCGUGGAAGCGGCCAGGGAGAAGGUCGUGGAAGCGGCCAGGGAGAAGGUCGUGGUGAAGGCAAGGGAGAAGGUCGUGGAAGCGGCCAGGGAGAAGGUCGUGGAAGCGGCCAGGGAGAAGGUCGUGGUGAAGGCAAGGGAGAAGGUCGUGGUGAAGGUCAUUGAAGUGGUUGUGGCCAGGAAAGUGGUUCGGGAACUGGUUGUGGAUGUGGUCAAGGUCCGAGAUGUGGUCAAGGAAAUGGUCAUGGGUCUUAAUACUUAUUGGAGAUCCCUUCAAUUCAGUGUUUUAUAUGCCAUGUCUUCCCUGUUUGCUCAAACAGUUUACAAAGAUUGUUCCCAUCUCAAAUAAAAAGUUGUUUGAUUUGAA